AUGCCGGGAUCAGAGAAUCGUCAAAGAUACCAGCCUCGCUCGGAACGUCGUCGAGCCGCCGCGGCGGAGGUUCCCUCUCUUCCUCUGACCCUCACCAACAACCAUCACCGCAUACAUUUGACGAACCAAGGUGAUGGUUGUUCCGUGGAGGAGGAGAGGGACCUCCUUUUAUUUGAACACCAACUGCGGGAGGGGGAGACGGUGCGGGCUGCCGGGCUCCAACUGGAGCAAAUGAGGCUUAGCCAUUACCUCCGUAUAACGGAGAUGGAAGUUGGUGUGCGCCUCCGGGAGCGAGAGAUGGACCUUCGGGAACGUCGUUGGCGCCUUCGGGCACAGAAGAUCAUUUUCUUCUCUCUUUUGGCGCUCUUCGGAGCUUAUGUCUUGGUUCUGUUUCUCCGCCUUCGGGCAAACAAUUACAUCUCGGGGGGAGAGGAGGGGGAGGGGAUUGAGUGGGCGGAUGGGGUGGUGGAGGUGGUGGCGGGAUGGGUGGAGGGGGAGAUGGAUCGGUGGUUGGGUGGGUGGAUUGAUAUGGAUGUAUAGUGUUUUUUUUUUUCUUUUUGUCUAUUCUAUUUGUUCUAUUUGUUCUUUUUUGGCGUUUUGGAGUUUGGCGUUUGGAGUUGGGCUUUUUGCUUUUCUUGUAUUUAAUUUUGCUCUUCUUUUUUCUUCAAUUGAUUAUUUUCCUAAAAAAGUGAGUUCUCCAAGGUUCCACAAUAUGACAUCUCAGAUAAGAUCUAUGCACUAUCAGAAUUAGGUUAGAAAAAUCA